AUGUCAACAAUGACACAAUCAAAGUCUUUAUUCGAUUUCCCUAACAAUGUUGAAUUUAAUUCAAAGACUUUAUUCGAUAUCCCUAAUGAUGUUGAAUUUAAUACAAAGACUUUAUUCGAUAUCAUUAACGGUAUUAACAAACCAUUCAAGAUUCAAAUGUUUAAAAAUGAUAAUAGUCAAUACAUCAUUUCAUUUGUUAUCGAGGAUAAAAUCUAUAGUUGUACUCUGCCCGAUGCAAAAGAAGUCAAACUAAACGAAAAAUGUCGGGAUAUCAAUUCCUAUCCUCUUUUUAGGAUGCUGAUUCAAAGCAUUUUUCAGUUAAUCGCAGACCAUUUGGGAAAGAAACGAUUCAAAAAUCAAUAUGUUUCCAAGAUUACUGGAAAGAUGUGGCAUUCUUCCAAAGCAUUUCAAAGGGAAUUCCAAAACUUUACAAAUGAAGUAAACCUUCUUCGCCCUAAGCCUCAAUUUGGGUUUAGACCUUCUCGUUAUGACCCGCACCCAAUUCGAGAUCGUUCCAAUAGAAAUGAUAAAAAAAGCAAGAUUUCUAUUGUCCCUUCCUUUAUUAGCGUUCGACAUGUACAACAAGAUGCAGGUUCGUCUUCCGAACUUGCCGAGUUUUACAACAAUGGUUCUUCCGAACUUGACGUGUUUAAUAGCAAUGGUUCGUCUUCCGAACUUGGCGGGAUUUACAACAAUGGUUCUUAUUCCGAAUUUGGCGUUUAUAACAAUGUUUCUUCCGUACUUGGCGAAUUUUAUAACAAUGGUUCUGAGUGGCCAAACCACACUUCUAACAAGAAUAACACGGUUGAUUGCCAUAAACAGGAUGACAGUUUAAGCCCACCAACUAAUGAAAGCCUUGCUCUCUCCAAUAAUUAUCCAUUCGAUCCGUUAGCUCUUGGAUUUGAAGGGGAUGAUUUUAAUUAUAUUUUAGAUUUCCUUGAGGCAAAUCAGAGUGCUAAUGUUCCAUUUGGUUCAAUGCAAUAUGUUAAUUCCUCAAAUUUCAAUAAUAAUUAUGGCCCAGUUCCUCAAUAUAAUGUACCACAUUCAAACUUCCCAGCAAGUUUAGACAUAGAUGACUUUGGACAAAACGGACAAAACGGACAACUUGGACAUAAUUGA